AUGUCAGCCGGUGACAGAGUCAUCCCGGAUCGUACCAUGGACAGCAGCAGCGUUCCCAUUUCACGCCUCGACGAGCUACACGCGCACAUUGCCGAGCUCGUCGACAACCCCGACACACCCAUCGACGCCCGGCUCCUCGAUGAGAUCGAGCUGCAGCUCACAGAGACCAACAUCCCUCCUCUGCUGCCCACCGUGCUCGUGCCACUCACGCAGAUCCUGCGCACCACUGGCAGCACCACGCCGCAGGACCCCAGCCCGCUGCUCUCGCUGACCACCAAGCUGCUGUCGCCCCUCCCCUUCAGCCGCGUCCUCGCCAUUGCCGACGCGCCGUCGCUGCUCUCCGCGCUCGCCUCCCCGCUGGCGGGCGCCAACCUGCUCGCCCUCACCAUCCUGCACAAGGCGGCGCGCUCGCCCGCCGACGCCGCCAUCCUCAGCACCCUCCCGGACCUGGUUGAGGCGCUCGUCACGCGCUGGCUGGACGCCCAGGACGUCGGCGUCGGGGAGCGCGCCGGCAAGGUCCUCGGUGACCUCCUCGAGACCGACUGCGACGUCGUAGCCGACGCCGACGACGCCCGGAGUCCGCACGACGGUGGUGUCAAUGGCACCGAGCUCGUCAAGCGCCGCCGCGUCCCCGGCCACGGCCGCAUCUGGGACAUGAUCUUUGGCAGCGAGCAGCUCUUCGCCAUCAUCCCUAGCCUCUGCCGCCCUCCUCCAGGGCCAGAGCGCGACGACGACGCGGCCAACUCGAGAACGGCUCGCCAAACCUCCAUUGCGCAGGGCCGGCUGCUCCGUCUCCUGCCGCGUCUUGCGACCAUCAACAUGCCUGCCAUCACCCACACCGCGUUUCCGGAUCUCAUCCCGCUCCCUCAAAGCCUGGCCCGCGAUACUGGCCACGGACUCCUGCAGUGGGCGGCGCUGGGCAUGGUCGACCGGUCGGAUAUGCUCAUGCACCUCAACCUGAUAGAUUUCUUCGAGACGUACGUUAGCGUCAUGAGAAUCACGGACAGUGCGCCAACGUCCUCGACAAGCGUGACGCGAUGCCUCGUCAAGGCCGCCACAGCCAAUGACGCGCAGCUAAAGGAGUCGCUGAUAGUGCUGCCAGAUCGUACCGUCGAGGAGGAAGCAGAGCCGCUGCGAAUAUACAUAGAGCAGUUGCUAAAUUAA